AUGGCAUCACAUGCGACGCUUCAGCCGGGGCGCUACAUGUAUCAAGAGGGACCUGCCCAGAGCACCUUCGAGAUAGUAUGGCAGGAGUCCCAGUCACAAUAUCUAUUCUCGCAGGCUCUGGACGGCCAGGGGCCACGGACGGGUGUACUCGAAUGCUUUGAGAGCGGGCAAUGGAAGGCGUCUCUAUGCAGCACUUCAAGCACGCCCUCGUUGGUCUUGAAGCUAAAGCCACUGUCUUCGACUCCCUGUGUGCUGCAGAUGGAUCGUUCUGAUGGCCUUUGCUGCCGAGCACAGCGACUGGAAGAGUCCGAAGAAUGGAAGGCGAUCGUGGCGAAGCCAGUGGACUCCGGGGAAGCGAUGCUUAUCACGGCGUCACCGGGCAGUGGCAAGAGCACCCUGCUGAGAGAAUGGUGUCGAGGGAGGCCUAACAACAACAUACUCGUGCUGGCUUUCAACCGGGCGGUGUCCGAGCAGAUGAGGGUAAACUUCAGAGAGCUCAGCAACGUGACAGUGAAGACCAUCCACGCAGUCGCUCACGGGGCCACGCGGCAUCUCCACAAUGAUAAGGUGGGAGAAGUAUCAGGAACAGAACUCAAAAGCUUUCUAGAGUGUCGGACGUGGGACGAAGUCGACAGCCAAAGGAAGAGGCUCAUGGAAUUUUGUUCGUCUGCUUCUGAUCGGCUGCUUGGCCAUCCGGAUCUUCGAAUGCGACAGCGGCACAGAGCCCUGUGGGAGCACUUUGGAUCGGGAAGGUGCUCCUUCAGAAUGCCUCACGAUGUGUACUUGAAGUUCUUCCAGCUGGACAAGUCUCUUCGAGACCAGGCUUUUGCCGACUACGACACCAUUGUCCUAGACGAGGCGCAGGAUUGCACAGACUGUAUGUUGGACGCGGUCAAAAGCAACCAGGUCGCACGUGUGAUGGCAUGUGACCCGCGACAGAACAUCUGUCAGUUCAGGCACGUCACUGGGGACUGUCUCCGCGGCAUGCAGGUGGAUCAUCGAAUGAGUCUGCCACAGAGCUUUAGGUUCGGGGAAGCGAUUGCAACCUUCUUGACGAAAGUUGCCCAGAAAACCCCGCCGCCGGUAGAUGCGGGUUUCACAGUACGCGGACUGCCGGGCGUUGAGUCUCGUCUCUGCUUGGAUGCCGAUCCGCAUGAAUCGAUUCUCCAGCUCUUGCGGGACGGCAAGAGGGCGGUCGUGCUCGCUAGGAAAAACAGUACUCUCUGGUUGGAGGCCAUGAGAGUGUUAGCAGACAUGGAUGAUGACAAGGCAGCUGCUUUCAUCGGCGGCUUCGACGAGUUCAAGAAGUCGCAGCUGACACCUGUCCUGGACCUGUUCUUCUUGGGCGAAGGCCGACAAGCCGACAUCAGGUCCCCUUAUGUCAACAAGUUCAGAAGUCUGGACUCAUUUCGGAGCCUUUGCGAAGAUAAGGAGGACAUGGAUUGGCUACCCAAGUUCAGCCUUUUCGACUCACUGAGCAGGAAGAUGGGGUCUCAAAAGUUCGCGGAGUACCUUGACGAGGUCGCGGACAAGCUCUCGGCACAGAGUCAUCAGGCGGAUGUUGUGUUCGCCACAGUUCAUCAGUUCAAAGGUCUCGGCUUCCAGAAUGUGAUACUUCUUGAGGAUUUCUUGGAGUCCUACACCGAAGAGGAGUACAACAUCUUCUACGUGGCGUGCUCUCGGGUGUCCACUGGCACACUUUUCGUAAGCCCGGGGACCAUGCGCCUCUUAGAAUCCGGAAGCAAUCGCAGGAAGCGGCCUCGUUCACUUCAAGAUUUCGAUGACUACUUCGACGAUGAUUUCUUCGAAGACAUGAAUCCGCUGGGCGACGGGGAGGAUCUCGCUGACUACGACGACGAUUUGUGCGAUGAAAUGGAUCCACUCGAGGAAGACUCUUUGCCACCUUCGGAUGAAGAAAGUGCAUAUGACGGAGACCAGGAGCCAUGA